AUGAAGCUGCGACAGACGCUCAUUCUCCUGCCGGCGCUGCAGGUGCUUGCCCGAUCCACAGUGGCCGAUGUCGAUGGCAGACGGCUCCUCGUCAAGCGGGCAGUAGACCCUGCCUACAGCAAUCCUAUCCCCGACCCCUCGCCCGCCGCGGCCGCGCCAGGCGCAUUCAAGGGGACGAAAGAUGCGCCCGUCGACGGCUUCGACGGCAAGCCGCACGCCGGCCCGUACGUCGACGACACGCCCACAUCGCACGACAAGCAGCCCGCGGUAGUCGAGGACCUGGGCACCGGCCAGAAGACGGUUCCGGGGUCCAAGGACUCGACCCUGGUCGGCGCGGCCAAGGACGUGCUGGAUGGCGACAAGAGCGUCAUGCAGGACCCAGACAGGAAGGCUGCGACAGGCAAGACGGGCGUCGAGGGCGGCGUCUCGGCAAAGGACAAGGAGCGUCUGGCGCACGAGGACAAGACGGGCUCGAAGAAGGAGCAGGUGCCCACGCCGCCCAAGGAAGCCCAGCCGCUGCCUCACGGCGAGCAGUCGCAUCUAAAGGACGCGGCAGCUGCCGAAACGACAUCCACCCGUCUUGCCGGCGCAGUCGGCCUCGAGAAACCCACCGACCUGCCAGACGCACCCCACGACGACGCGCCCCACCCCGUCCCCGACUCGCUCUCCAAGUCAGACCCCCUCGACACCACGCCCCCAAAGACCAAGACCCCCACGUCCGGCAUGGCCGACGACGAGGCCGGUGGCGUCAUCCAGCCCUUGCACUCGUUCAUCCUGUCCUUCACCAUGAUCAUCUUCUCGGAGAUUGGAGACAAGACGUUCCUCGUAGCCGCCUUGAUGGCCAUGCGCCACCCCCGCCUUGUGGUCUUCUCCGCCGCCUUCUCUGCUCUCGCUGUCAUGACAGUUCUCUCUGCUGUGCUCGGUCACGCUGUACCGGCCUUCCUGUCUGAGCGCUUCACGCAUCUGGCUGCUGCGAUUCUGUUCCUCGUCUUCGGUGUCAAGCUGCUGCGCGAGGGCCUCGCCAUGAGCCCUGAUGAUGGCGUGGGCGAGGAGAUGCGCGAGGUCGAGGAGGAGCUUGAGGAGAAGGAGCAGCUUGCGCGUUCCAAGGGUCGCCGUCGCUCGUCCAUCUCGCCUUAUGCGCUCGAGUCUGGCCGUGCACGACGCUCUCGCUCCGGCUCCAGGCUGCCCGCACCCGCUCGCAGCCCCUCUACCUCCCCCGACCGAUCGCCCUCUCCCCGCGGCUCCUCCUUCGCUGGUGCUCUGAGCGGGAUCAACAACCUUUUCUCGCUGCUUCUCAGCCCCGCCUGGGUGCAGACUUUCGUCAUGACCUUCCUUGGAGAGUGGGGCGACCGCAGUCAGAUUGCUACCGUGGCUAUGGCUGCAGGUUCUGACUACUGGUGGGUCACUGCCGGUGCCACUGUUGGACACGGCAUUUGCACUGCAGGUGCGGUCAUUGGCGGUCGCGCCAUUGCUGGCAAGAUCAGCAUGCGUAACAUCACGCUUGGCGGCGCAAUUGCCUUCCUCUUCUUCGGCAUCAUUUACGCUUUCGAGACAUACUACCACGAGUAA